AUGAGUGCUGCUGGGUUGAAUCACCUUGAUGACUAUCAGCGCUAUGGCAGGCAGAUGAUUCUCGACGGUUUCGGUUUGCCUGGCCAAGUUGCUUUGCAAAAUGCCUCUGUCGUGGUCGUUGGAGCGGGCGGGCUUGGAUGCCCGGCUUUACAGUAUCUUGCUGCGUCUGGCAUAGGUCGGAUCGGGAUCGUCGACCACGACGUCGUGGAAUUAUCAAAUCUGCAUAGGCAGAUACUGCACACUGAGCAGCGUGUAGGGAUGCCGAAAGCCGAGUCUGCUGCUGAAGCGAUCAGAACUCUCAACUCUAAGAUCAAGAUAAACAUUUACACCGAAGCGUUGUCUGCCCUGAAUGCUCUGGAUAUUUUGAGCUCCUACGACGUGAUUCUGGAUUGCACCGAUAAUGCCCCAACUCGAUAUCUGCUUUCUGACACCGCGGUUGCUCUGGGGAAACCCCUCGUUAGCGGUGCAGCUCAGAAAUUUGACGGGCAGCUAUGCGUGUACAAUCUCAACAACGAGGGGCCCUGCUACAGAUGUAUAUUUCCGAAACCGCCAGCGCCGGAGCACGCCGGUACCUGCGAGGAGACAGGAAUAUUAGGAACUGUGACCGGAGUAAUCGGAACUCUCCAGGCUCUGGAGGCGAUCAAACUUCUCGCUGGGAUGCAUGAGGGGAAAGCCUCUCUUCUCAUAUAUUCGGCUCUAGGCGUCCCUCCAUUCCGAAGCAUCAAACUGAGAUCACGGAGGCCAACAUGUCCGGCUUGCGGACAGGAGGGCUUAAAAGAAGGUCAGAUUCGAGAUACAGAUUAUGUUGCUUUUUGCGGCGGUGGGCCUCCCGACUGGGAAAAAAAAGGGAUGAUGCAAGGCGACCCGGGCCUGCGCAUAACACCGACAAAAUUGAAUGAUAUCCUGGCAUCCGAGGCUGCAAGCCAUACGAAAAUAUUAGACGUGCGGCCGCGCACCGAGUUUGGCAUCUGCCAUUUGUGGGAGUCAAUCAACAUCCCUCUCAAGGAACUGUCAGCGAAUCCAACAACAACAGCCUCCGUACUGGAAGAUGGCGUCAAAGAAGUGUACGUGGUCUGUCGGCUAGGAAACGACUCCCAGAUAGCCGCAGACGCGCUUCGAGCUCUGCGGAGGGAUGUUGUGGUGAAAGAUGUGAUUGGGGGUUUGAAAGCAUGGAGUCGCGAUGUGGACCCAGACUUUCCCGUUUACUAAAGGUAUAGAAAAAAAUAAUACAACAGAUAGGUCUUUUUCAGUGCCUAGCUGCAAUCCCGACCGCG